AUGCACGCGCGCACGUGUCGUGUCGUGUGCCAUGGUCACACGUGCGUGUGUCGCGUGUCGUGUGUACGGUUCGUGGUUUGGUUAUGGGUGGAGAGAGGGGCGCUGAAUGCCUUGUGUGCGGUCGUGCAGGAAAAGACGGAGAAUUCGUGGGCGCACCGCGAUCAGUUUGUCAAGAAGCCCGGCAAGUUCUAUCCGAUCGAGAUCGACUACUCGGGCGACGACACCGACGAGCUGGCCAUCAAGCAGAAGGCCCAGGAGCUCCGCCGCAACAAAUCCAAACUCGACAAACGCAUCCAGGCACGCGACCUGGUGGGGUUGAUAUUCGACAUCAAGGCCAUGCAGGACACCCUGCUCGAGCUCGAGAUCGACGUCAACAAGAUGCCCCUCGGCAAGCUCUCCAAACGCAACAUCCAGCAGGGCUACGAGGUGUUGACGGAGAUCCAGGGGAUCCUCAAGAAGGGUGAUCCGUCAAAUCUCGCCAUCAAGACUCGCCUCACCGAAUGCGCCAACCGCUUCUACACGAUCAUUCCGCACGCCUAUGGCAAUCAUCAGCCGCCGUUGAUCGCGACGGAGGAGCAGCUGCGCGAGAAGACCGACAUGCUGGAGGCCCUCCUCGACAUGGAGAUCGCCGCUUCGCUCCUCAAGGAUGGCAGCGGCGGCGAGACGCUCGACCCGAUCGAACAGAACUACCGCAAGCUCAAGACCAACAUGGUCCCUGUCGACACCGACGACCUGCGGUGGCAGUGGCAGUAG